AUGGGGAAAUUGUCCGAAAAUACACAAGCUGAAGAAGUACCAGAAAACGGUGCAAAUCUUGAGAUCAUGAAAGAACCUGUGACAGAAAAAGAGGAAUAUUUAUCUCUUUGUCAACUUGUCAAUCCAAUUUCACAACCUCUCGCGUCUAGAAAAUUGGCUAAAAAACUUUAUAAGUUGGUGAAGAAAUCAGCUAAAGAAAAGGGAUCUUUACGGCAUGGUCUUUCUGAUGUUAUGAAGGCUAUUAGAAAGAAUGAGAAGGGUAUACUUAUACUUGCAGGAAAUGUUUCGCCAAUUGAUGUAUACAGUCACGUUCCAGCACUCUGUGAGGAAAAGGAAAUUCCGUAUGUUUUUACACCUUCCAGAGAGCAUUUGGGACUCUGUGCAGGCAAUUUUAAUUUUUAA